CGAAUGAGGGGCAAAAGCAGCUUCUGGUAACUGGGCGCACACACGUCGUGUAUCCUUUGGGCCAUAACAUAUUUUCCCACCCUUUCCCUCGCCGGCGCUCCAUAUUGUCGCUCCCAAAGGUAGGCAGUUGGUUUUUUUUCCCUUUGUGUUUUUUUUCUUGUUCCUUUACUUGGUUCCCAGUACAAUCCUCGUCGCAAAACGACGCCCUGUCGAAAAUCCAACCAGAGAUACCCUUGACCAAGCAACUUCCCGCCCAUUGCUGACUGGACGCAGUUGACGUUGGGCAGGCUUUCGUUGUUGUGUUGACAAGCCAACCCAGCAGGCAAGGAAGCAAAGAACCCAAGAAAAAAAAUACAUACCCUCAGACUUGUGCCUGUGAGCAAAUCUCCUCGUUAUCACUUCUCGCCUUACCGACCAGACAACAAACACGACAAAACCACCACGAGCCCCGUCGCUUUGCCUCGAAUACGACAUAUCGGCGCGAUAGGCAAUCACUAACCAGGGUAUUUGUCUACGCCCACACAGGAGCGCAAAGAUACAGCCACCAUGUCCGUAGUUGGAGUUGACUUCGGUUCCCUUAAUACCGUCAUUGCGGUUGCGCGGAAUCGGGGUGUCGAUGUGAUCACCAACGAGGUUUCCAACCGCGCCACACCAUCACUCGUCGGAUUCGGCCCCAAGUCACGGUAUCUGGGAGAGGCCGCCAAGACACAGGAGAUAUCCAACCUCAAGAACACUGUCGGCUCGUUGAAGCGCCUCGCCGGCCGCUCUAUCAACCAUCCAGAUGUCCAGAUCGAGCAGCAGUUCAUCUCGGCGCCCUUGGUCGACGUCAACGGCCAGGUCGGCGCCGAGGUCACAUACCUGGGCAAGAAGGAGAAGUUCACUGCCACGCAGCUGAUCGCCAUGUUCCUUGGCAAGAUCAAGCAGACGACGGCCAACGAGACCAAGCUGGCCGUCUCCGAUCUCGUCAUGAGCGUUCCUCCUUGGUUCACCGACGUCCAGCGCCGCUCCCUGCUCGAUGCCGCCGAGAUCGCCGGUCUGAAGCUGCUGCGUCUCAUCAACGACACCACCGCCGCCGCCCUUGGCUACGGCAUUACCAAGCUAGACCUCCCCGCGGCCGAGGAGACGCCGCGCCGCGUGGCCUUUGUCGACGUCGGCCACAGCGACUACACCGUUUCCAUUGUCGACUUCAAGAAGGGCGAGCUGGCUGUCAAGUCCACCGCCUUCGACCGCCAUUUCGGCGGGAGGAACUUUGACAAGGCCCUUGUCGACCACCUGCACAAGGAGUUCCUCGGCAAGUACAAGAUUGACAUCUACUCCAACCCCCGCGCCACCUCGCGCGUUUACGCCGCUGCAGAGAAGGUCAAGAAGAUUCUGUCCGCCAACCAGCAAGCGCCCAUCAACAUCGAGUCGCUGAUGAACGACGUCGAUGUUUCGGCCAUGAUCACCCGUGCCGAGUUCGAAACCAUGGUUGAGCCUAUCCUGUCUCGCGUCGAGGUGGUGCUGGAGCAGGCCCUUGCCGAGGCCAAGCUGACCAAGGACGACAUUGACGUUGUCGAGCUCGUCGGAGGCGGCGCCCGUGUCCCCGCCAUCAAGGAGCGCGUUCAGGCCUACUUCGGCAAGCCUCUCUCCUUCACCCUGAACCAGGAUGAGGCCAUCGCCAGGGGUUGCGCCUUCAGCUGCGCCAUCCUGUCCCCCAUCUUCAAGGUCCGCGACUUUGCCGUCCAGGACGUCAUCUCGUACCCGAUCGAGUUCGCCUGGGAGAAGGCCCCCGACAUUCCCGACGAGGACACGAGCCUCGUCGUCUUCAACAAGGGCAACUUGAUGCCCUCCACCAAGAUCCUUACCUUCUACCGAAAACAGCCGUUUGAUCUCGAGGCCAGGUACGCCAAGCCCGAGGACCUGCCUGCCACGAUAAACCCGUGGAUCGGGCGCUUCUCGGUCAAGGGCGUCAAGGCGAACGGCGGCCACGACGACUUUAUGAUCUGCAAGCUCAAGGCCCGUGUCAACAUCCACGGCAUCCUCAACGUCGAGAGCGGCUACUACGUGGAGGACCAGGAUGUCGAGGAGGUCGUCGAGGAGGGCGAUAAGAAGGAUGGCGACGCCAUGGACACGGACGGUGCGAAGGACGACUCGAAGCCCAAGACUCGCAAGGUUAAGAAGCAGGUGAGGAAGGGCGAGCUGCCCAUCGUCGCGGCGACGCAGUCACUGGAAACCAGCGCCAAGGAUUCCCUGCUGGAGAAGGAGGCCAGCAUGGCGGCCGAGGACAAGCUGGUGGCCGACACCGAGGAGAAGAAGAACGAGCUCGAGACGUACAUCUACGACGUCCGGAACAAGCUUGACGACCAAUAUGCCGAGUUCGCCAGUGACGACGAGAAGGACAAGCUCCGCGCCAAGUUGACGGCGACUGAGGAUUGGUUGUACGACGAGGGCGACGACGCCACCAAGGCCGUCUACAUCCAGAAGAUGGAUGAGAUUAGGGCCAUGGCAGGCCCCAUUGUGCAGCGCCACUUCGACAAGGUCGAGUCUGAGAGGCAGGCACUGCAAGCCAGGCUAGAUGCCGAGGCCACCGCCAAGAGGGCCGCCGAGGAGGAGUCCAAGCAGGCAGCCGAUGCCAAGGCCAGCCAGGACCCGGCAGCCGAUGGGGUAAAGGACGAGGAGAUGCCCGACGCCGACGCCAAGGCGAACGAGUCGUAGAAAGUCGGACACUCUGCUAACCUAGCGCUGAGGCAUGGUUGCCUGCGGGCAGCUGAGUACUGGGACGAUGAACACACGGGACGGGGCGGCGCAAAGGAGAUUGGGGGGAUGGGGUUUUAUCGGAAAACGGAAAGGCCGCGGGCCACUGCAAUGAGUUAUGCCAGCCAUCGUAUAAAGAAGGAAGGGACUUGAGGGGGAGGGGGCGGCACAGCCUGUCGGCCUGCAUCUCGUGUUUUGCCCUUUCAGUACCACACUUUGGAGUUAUCACGCACGUCGUCCGCCACGCACACAACACCACAACGACAACAUACACUUUUACUCACCAUCAAGUUUAUUCCAAAGAGAAGGAAGAGGGAGGUGGGCCAGAUUAGACCGCAUGUUUGGUAUUACAUUUCACCACGUUAGAAUGGGAAUUGUUUGUUUUCAAUA